CAAAGCUGCAAAACCCUCUCACGCCCCUCCUCCGAUCCGGCCACGGAAACCCUAGCCCUUGUCCUGCUGCGAUCGCCGUGGCCGUGGCCGUGGGCGCCCCACCCGCAACCCGGCCGCGUCCGACCUUUCCUCCGUCCGCCUACCCCCGAUUCGUUCGUCUGCUGCUGAGUUGAAUUGAGCUGUAGUGAUGGCCCCAAAAGGUCAACCGGUCAAUAUGCAGAAGGAGCAGAUGUUUGGAUUGGCAGAGAAAGAGAUGGAAUAUAGGGUGGAUCUUUUCAACCGGCUUACACAGACAUGUUUUAGCAAGUGCAUUGAGAAAAGGCAUAAGGAAGCUGAACUAAAUAUGGGUGAGAAUAGUUGCAUUGAUCGAUGUGUAUCGAAGUAUUGGCAGGUGACUAAUUUAGUUGGACAGAUGCUUGGAAAUCAGCCUCAAGCUUAGCGAUGAAAUUGCUCUGAUUGGUAGUAGAACAUCAUUGGCUUCUUUUCUGGCGUAGUAGUUCGGUCAAUUAUUGAACACAAUGAGAGGAUAAAACUCUCAGUUCCUCCCAUUUUAUCUAUGACAUGGGUCUGCUGGACUAAUACAUAAUGUUUGGGGUACAUUCCGACCUGUAUCAUUACUUUCAGCCUCUAGGAAGGUUCUAGAGAUCCAAAGAAUACUCAUUUUUUUUUUCUUUUUAACAAUGAUAAAAAAGGAGUACAAGGCAUAUAUGUUCUCCUUCUAGUGUUUAACAGGUGCCACCGUAAACGCAAAGUGUCUGUGCAUGGUGUUGGUAAUCUUUUAAAUGCAGAAAUUAAAAACAAAAAAAUCAGUGUCAAGCUAAAAGACAAAAGAUAUUUGUUCUCUAUAUAGAAAACCCAUUUUACGA